AUGUACUUCUUCCUGGUCAAUUUGGCUGUGUUGGAUGUGGCCUAUGCAUGCACUGUGGUGCCCAAGCUGCUGGAGAUGCUGGUGGCAGAGAAGAGAACCAUCUCCUACGAAGGCUGCAUGACACAGAUGUACUUCCUGUCAUGGUCUGUGGCUGCAGAGGUGCUGCUCUUCACUGCCAUGGCCUACGACUUUUUUGUGGCCAUCUGCCAGCCCCUGCACUAUAGCUCCAGGCUUCAUCAUCUCCACCAUCCUGAAGAUCCCACAGCCAAGGGGAAGCACUGUGCCUUCUGCACCUGCUCCUCUCACCUCAUGGUCUUCACCACGUACUACUCCACUGUCAUCUCCACAUGCCUGUACCCAGGCUCCAGCUACUCUCCAGAGAUGCACAAAGGCAUGGAUGUGCUUUACUCCACACUACACUAUGGAACACUCAUGAGCAGCAGAGUGUGUGUGGCCCUGGCAGCCUUCGUGUGGUUUGCAGGGGCAUUCAAUGCCUCCCUGCUGACAGGCCUGGUUCUGCGACUGACCUUCUGUGGCCCCAACCUCAUUGAGCACUUCUUCUGUGAGAUCCCUCCCGUGCUGCUACUAUCCUGCAGCCCGACCUUCCUCAAUGACAUCAUGACCAUUAUUGCAGACAUGUUCCUAUCAGGCCUGAACUUCCUGCUGACCAUGGUGUCCUACGGCUGCAUCAUCGCCAGCAUCCUGCGCAUCCGGUCGGCUGAGGGCAAGCGCCGUGCCUUCUCCACCUGCUCCUCCCACCUCAUCGUGGUCACCUUGUACUACUCCACCGUGCUCUACACCUACAUCCGGCCGGCCCUCGGCUCUGCCGGGCUCCUGGACAAGGCCGUUGCUGUCCUAUACACCAUCGUGACGCCCACCUUGAAUCCUCUCAUCUACACCCUGAGAAACAAGGAGUUUAAGGCAGCCCUUAAGAAACUCUUCCCUUGCUCCCCUAAAUGA